CGUGUUAACUACAUAGUGUAACAGUUUUUUAAUCAGAGAUCAAAUAAUUUCAAGUUAAAGAAUAAAGACAAAAUAUUUUAUUCGUUAUUGAAAAUUAGUGAAGGAAUUGAGGAUAUUAUUAAGAUAAAUGAAAUACUUCUUUUUAACAAAUAUUAUUGUGAUGAAACUAACAUAAUUAGAAGUGCAUAACCUAGAAGCAUUGUAAACACAAUGGCUGAAAGAAGUGAUUUAAUCUCCAAAACAUUCCAACGUGCUGAAAAAUAUUUACAGGAAAGAUUAAAAUCAGGAUAUUUACAAAAAUAUGAUCAUUAUAUGGUACCAGGAUAUAAUUUACAUACAUCAUUCGGUACUGAUGAUCGGGAUUUGAAUUAUAUUAAGCAAUUAUAUCAAAAAUUUCCUUAUGAACAUGAUUUACCAAAACCAUUAUUACCUCCAGCUAAAUUACCACGUACUGUAUUACACGAAGAAGAUCCUGCUUUGGAACCUGUUACAGUCAAAUCCUAUAUGAAAAGUGACAUAAAUAGAAUUUUAGAUUAUUAUGAAAAACAUAAAAAUGAUUUUGGACCAAUCUCUAAAAAGGGAGUAAAAUGGUUAAAAAAUAGUGAUAAACUAACUGGUACUGUACUACCUAGAUAUGUUGCAGAAAUAGCUGAACUUGUUGAAUUAGAUCCUGACCCUUAUUUAAAAGGGGAUUACAACUGGUACUAUACAGGAGGAAGUUUAACUAAUGUCACAUUUGGCGAUCAAACUAUUUUAAUCUAUCCUUACGUAGGAGAAUUAAUUGCUUCUCCAUUAAUGCCUAUGGAAAAUGCAUUAUGGAAACCAAUAUUGCAAAAGUCGGAUAAACUUAAUCUUGAUGGUACAUUAUAUGAACUGAGGCCCAACAUUAUUAAUGACAAAUGUAUAAUUUUAGGUAGAUACAAGAAUCAUUGUAUACUGUAUAAGCUUAUUUUAGGAGAAAAUAAAGUUGAAUUAUUUGAAUUCCAUAAAAAAACUUCAACAUUACCAUACGUUAGUGGAGAAGUGUGUCCAUAUAGUGAAGAUUAUUUCUGUACAGUAGAUGUAGAUCGCACACUAUCUUUAUGGAACGUUAACAAAAAAAAAUCUAUUGCAAGCCAUAAAAUAAUUCAUUCUAAAGUCCUGGACGAUAGUUGGGGAAGUGUUAAAUAUCAAUUAUUAGAUACACAUGUAUUGGUAUUUAUUGAUAGAUGCUGUCUCCAUUAUCUUGACACUAGGAUACCUUUUGAUCGACCAUCAUUAUCACUUUGUCCAAAGCAAUUUUUGGAACAAUGUGAAAGUUUAUCAGUAGAAAAAGCUAGUAGACAUAACUCAUGUAGAUACAUAGGUACAUAUCACAAUCUUUUGUUAUGUGAUAAUCGUUCUCCAAAAAAAUGCGUAAGCCAGAAGUGGACACAUCAAUUUCGAAGUACUCCUCUUUUACUUUCUACUUUCAAUCGGAAUAUAGAAGAAAUCCUUGUUUUAUCAAGUCCAUUGGCUGCAGAAAGUUCAAUGAUUUUAAACACAUGGACUUAUGAAAGUCCUCAUUCUUAUUAUUUACCAAUAACUUUACCAAGUAUAAAGGAAACAUUGAAUGAUGCGCAAUUGCAAGGUUUAUGUUUAGAUCCGUAUAUGAAAAAUAGAUUGGAUUUAUGUAAAGCUGGCUCUACGUUAGUAACUAACCCGAAAGGAGAUGUAUUCUUUUUUAUACAAACCUCUAUAGGUGAUGUAUUUUAUCAAUGUAUUACUCACGAAGAUAUACUUGACAAAAAUUCUGAAAUCAAAGUUAGAGCAAUUUCUGCAUUAAAUGCUUGGGAACAUGCAUUAAUGACACAAGAUAAUCCAAUUGCACCUCUUACUAUGUCAAGUAAAUGUGAUAUGAAACACGUAUAUAAAAGCUUUAAUAAUAAGCACUUACAAUUAGACCAACACGAAGAAUUGGAUGAUACUUUUGACCAAAGUUGGAGAAAAUCUAUUGAAGAAUUAAAUUCUUAUGAGGAUAUUUUAGCGCCAGAACUUUUAGCUGUAUGGGGAAUAUCUGAACAGGUUUCCAUUUCGUUGUCAGCAACUCCUCAUCAAAAAGUUUUAAAUUGGUUAGAGAUGAAUAAUGAUAAUGCUGCUUCAUCUGUUCCGGAAGAAAUAGAAUAUAUGGAUAAACCAGACAAUACGCAAGAAUUAAUAAGUGUAUCUCAAAAUCCAAAUAAUAGACAUUUAAAUGAUGUUGAUAAUAAAGAAGAACCAUUUUUACCUAAAGUCAGAACAAAAUCAAUCAAAAGAAGAAAAAAGAGUGCAAAGUAAUGUUGUUGUUUAAAUAUUGUUAUUAUAUAAA